UUCCGGGUGCGCUGUACGAGGGGGGCGGCGUCCUGGCCAUGGCCGGCCUGUCGGACCUGGAGUUGCGGCGGGAGCUGCAGGCCCUGGGCUUCCAGCCAGGACCCAUCACCGACACCACUCGGGACGUCUACCGCAACAAGCUGCGCCGCCUGCGGGGCGAGGCCCGGCUGCGCGACGACGAGCGGCUACGGGAGGAGGCCAGGUCGCGGGCCCCGGAGCGGCUGCGCGAGGAGGCCCGGCUGCGCGAGGAGGCACCACUGCGCGCCAGGCCGGCCGCGGCCUCCCUGCGGGCGGAGCCCCGGCUGUCCCCGCCGUCUCCGGGCGCGGCCCACACUACCGCGGGCGGCUACGGCGACUGCGGAGCGCCAGUGCCGGCCUGGGCCGGGAGCCGCGGCCUCCCCUAUGCCGCCCGCCCCACGUCUCUCCGGCGCCGCGCCUCGUUCCGGGGCAGCUCGGAGGAGGACGAGGAUGCGCGGCCGCCCGCCAGGCCCGUCCUGGGCCUGACCCGCCGCUGGUGGGCCUCGACCCCAGCCCUGGCGCGGCCUUCGCCCGGGCUCAGUCCCGAUCUGCGGCCGGGCCUGCGAACCCCUCGAGCGGGCUCUGCAGGAGUGGCGCGGGCCCGGCCGGAGGCGGGGCGGCGGCUGGAGCGCUGCCUGUCCCGGCUGCUGCUCUGGGCCAGCUUGGGGCUGCUGCUCGUCUUCCUGGGCAUCCUCUGGGUGAAGAUGGGCAAGCCCUCGGCGCCACAGGAGGCGGAGGACAACAUGAAAUUACUGCCCGUGGACUGUGAAAGAAAAACAGAUGAGUUCUGCCAGGCCAAGCAGAAGGCGGCCCUGCUGGAGGUGCUGCACGAGCUCUACAACUUCCUGGCCAUCCAAGCUGGUAAUUUUGAGUGUGGAAAUCCAGAGAAGCUGAAAAGCAAGUGCAUUCCCGUUCUGGAAGCCCAGGAAUACCUGGCUAAUGUGACCAGCAGCUCUGCCUCCAAGUUCGAAGCCGCGCUGACCUGGAUACUGAGCAGCAACAAAGACGUGGGGAUCUGGUUGAAAGGGGCGGACCCAUCCGAGUUGGUGACCUCCGUGGACAAGGUGGUCUGCCUGGAGUCCGCGCGCCCCCGCAUGGGCGUGGGUUGCCGGCUGAGCCGCGCACUGCUCACUGCUGUCACCCAUGUGCUCAUCUUCUUCUGGUGCCUGGCCUUCCUGUGGGGACUCCUGAUCCUCCUGAAGUACCGAUGGCGGAAGCUAGAGGAGGAAGAGCAGGCUAUGUACGAGAUGGUGAAGAAGAUCAUAGACGUGGUCCAGGACCACUACGUGGACUGGGAGCAGGACAUGGAGCGCUACCCGUAUGUGGGCAUCCUGCAUGUGCGUGACUCCCUCAUCCCUCCGCAGAGCCGGAGGCGCAUGAAGCGGGUGUGGGACCGCGCCGUGGAGUUCUUGGCCUCCAAUGAGUCCCGGAUCCAGACGGAGUCGCACCGCGUGGCCGGGGAGGACAUGCUGGUGUGGCGAUGGACUAAGCCCUCCUCCUUCUCGGACUCGGAGCGGUAGUUCCACAGGGCCGGGCCCGACCGCGGUGCUGCAUUCACAUUUGCCUUGACUGCGCCCCCUGCCGGCCGCGGAGGGGAGCCGCUGCCCCGAGGGUGGGAAGCCGGUGCAGCCUGUGCCCUGCGCCGCGUGGCUGGCGGAGGAGGGCAGAAGGGUUUGCCCUCCGCGGACGGAGAGACGCAGGGCAGUAGCUGCGGGGACGGCCCGGCCGCCAGCGGGCGGCAGUCGCCCAGCCUGGGAGGUGGGGCAGGGGCGCGGGUUGGGGCAGCAGGGACGGGAGUGGCUUGGUCCAUGUGCCUUCGGGGUUAUCCGGGAGCUCUAGCGUAGGGGGGUAAGCCUGAGCUCGGCGGGGCGUGCGCGGUCCUCAGGCGGACGAGGCUAGGAGUCGGAGGGCCCGGGCGCCAUGCGCCACCGGCCAGACCUGCUGCCGGGCACUGGUCGGAGGAGGACGAGGACGCAGCUUCCAGGGCGCGGGGCUGUCCAGAGCGGAGCCACCGGGCUUUACUGUGCCCUCCUCGCCCACGGAGCGGGGCGGUGGCCGCACACUGCCCCCUGCCGACUGCUGGGAGCGCUGCGCCCCGGCCUCCGGCAGCGCGGAAGACAGAAGAUUCCCGACCUCUGGCUCUGGGCUCCUCGGUGUGUGUGUCUACCUAAUAAAACCAUCACCCCGUGGAGCAGUACUCUGGUUUUCUGUGUGUCCGGAUGCUCGGCGGGGCCGGACCCGGACACCCGCCCUGUGCUCAUCACCAGGCCCAGCCAGGGUGCGACACCAUGACGGGCUCCUGAUAGGGUGGAAACGAGAAAUAAACUAUUUAUUAAAAAAUGGA